CCGCGGCCAUGCGCAGAUGUGCGCAAAGGAGGAGGAGGAGGAGGUUCUGUGCGGUGUCGGCUCUAGUCUACAUAUAGACCUCAGCCUGCGGGAUUCCCGCACUCGCCGCCUCCGGACGCGCUGCCGUUUCACGAGGGAAACAUAAAUCCACGACAUUCUGACCCAGGAGACCAUCUCUGAAGCAGAGCCGCCAUUAACUCCCUCCAUUUUCCUCCUCGAAUGACUGACCAUCCCGGAGAUGCAGAGAGCAGCAGCAGCAGCAGUAGCAGCGAUGCGGCGGCUCCGCUGUUAACUCCUUGGACUCCCUCCUUCUCCUCCUCCUCCUCCUCCUCCUCCUACUCCUCUUCGUCCUCCUGUCUCGUUUUUGCAGGUUCUACUUGUUGAAGGAGUUUGGGUUGGAUUUCAGGAUGAAGCUCAAGCCGAACCAAACCAGGACUUAUGAUGGCGAGGGCUUCAAGAAACGAGCGGCGUGUCUGUGCUUCAAGAACGAACGCGAGGAAGAGGUUUUGCUGGUGAGCAGCAGUCGGCACCCGGACCAGUGGAUUGUCCCCGGUGGAGGGAUGGAGCCCGAGGAGGAGCCGUGUGGCGCCGCUGUGAGAGAAGUCUUUGAGGAGGCUGGUGUGAAGGGAAAGCUGGGACGCCUGCUCGGUGUAUUUGAGCAAAACCAAGACCGGAAGCACCGAACAUACGUGUAUGUGUUGACUGUGACUGAAACGCUGGAGGCCUGGGAAGACUCUGUCAACAUAGGCCGUAAGCGGGAGUGGUUCACUGUGGACGAGGCCAUCAAAGUGCUCCAGAGCCACAAACCCGUCCACGCCGAGUACCUGCGCAGGCUGCAGCUCAGCUGCUCCCCCACCAACGGAAACUCCAUCCUCCCCAGCCCGCAACCAAACGACAACUUCCCCCACUACAGUGCCACGGCAAACACGCCGUCGACGGGGAGCAUGCUGGGCUCCUCCUGCAGAUAGGGACCGCACCUCCGCCGCUUGUCCUUGUCCGGCUCGGCUCGGGACAGUUCACCGAAAGUCUGUACAGUCUUGCAUGAAUCUAAAGACGUUUUUUUUUUUUUUUUUUUUUUGGAGUCACGGCUCUCUUGUAAUGUAUCGUUUCUAAUCAAAAGCUGCAGGACAGACCAAAGCCAUUUUUUAGAGCUGUGUUUAAAGACUCAUGUGACUGAGCAGCAGACACUCGCAGCUCUGACAGGAAAACAAACAAACAGUGGAAAUGGCUGAAAAAUUGAAGAACUCCUUUAUUUUUUCUUCUUUUUUUUUUUUUUGCUGGCAAACACCAGACUGAUGAGCUGAAGUUUGGGACGAGGAAGCUGCAAGUGAAGGAAUGCCUUACACAAACUUGUUUAAUGUUUGAUUUCACUAACGGUCGUUUUUUUUAUUUUCUUUUAGCAGAGCGGAUAUGCUUUCUAGUCAAUAAAAUAUGACCCCAAAGCAUGUCCACGUGGGAGAACACUGUGUCGUCAACUAAUGAUGAUAACAACAAAAAAAAGACCUGUGAUCACUGGUGUUUUCAAGAAUCUCUUUUGCAUUUUUCCUUGAAGUGGUGUCUUUCCUUUACACUGUGCUGUAAUCUGGACUGUUUAUAAAAAUGGACAUAAUCCUCCACGUUUGUAAAGAUAAACCCAGGGAGUUGGGACAGAAUCAGCAGUCGGCCUCCAGGGGGCGACUCCUGGUUGCAAAAAGAACCCAGUUAUGUUAAAUGUAACUAUUUUUCACUUGAUUUACAACAUUUGGAAACAUUUUUGCGAGGAGUUAAUGGUUUUAAUCACUAGUUUCAGGUCUUUCUCGAUAGAAUGUGGCGUCAGUUUUGUAGAUGACCUUCGAGUUUAGAGGAGAAUCGUGUAAAUUAUGUCCAUUUUUAUAUUAUUCAGUCGCUAUUUAUAAGAUAAGUUCACUUACCCAACAUUACAAUAUCAGAUCUGGAGGUGGUGCAGUUCAAAUAAAAGUAACUAAAGCGUUGCUACUCCCGUGUAUGAAGCGCAGCGAUCGAAGAGCUCGUCAGUGAGUUUCUACCUCGAUAAACUGGAAACUGUAGCGUUUGUCACAAAGCUGUUUGCAGUCCUUGAACACAACACUGCUCUUGUUUGUAGUCGCGCUCACGUCCGCUAACCUUGAGCAAUUCACUCAAUGGUAAACUCCUUAUCAACGCUCGGUGUUUCCCACAACAUCAAAGUAUUUAAUGAUGCAAAGUUCAUGUUUGCAUCAUGUGACCAAAUGACAUCAUGCCCGGUACAGUAUAAUUGUUUUUGUUCACCUUCUACAAGGAAGCGUACUUACGUCCAAGGCUGCAGCUAAUUAAUUUAAAGCUGUAGUGCGUAACUUUUUUCUUUUCUUUUCGAUGUUAUUAUUCAGCCUCUUUGGUUUUCACCAUCAGAAAUGAUUCUGAAAACAGACCCUGUCAAGGUUAACUCUCUUAUGACCAUGGUUUUGAUUUUAUGGCUGUAGACUUGUUAAAAAAUGUUCAAUGAGUGAG